GUAAACGCUUCGAAAAUUCAAAUAACGGUGUUGUUCAAGAAUAUCGGCUAAAAUAUUCACGGUCAGGAUCUGGACGUCCAGUUAAACGAAAAAUUGGUGAAACAGCUGAACGUGAUCGAUACAAACAAAUGAUAAUAAUUCCGCAAAAUGAUGAAACAUUAAAUGAUAUUCAAUUAAAAGCAGAUCAACUACGAGAUACAACUACGAUUGAUAUUCAUACUCAAUUACAUUUGUGGAAAGAAACGUUUUAUUUUCGUCGACAAUCUAUCGGAGAUCGAUCAACAGCAGAUGUUCUAAAAGAUUUUCCAGGUUAUGGCAAUUCAUUAUUGGUCUUCGAAGAAGUAAAAAUGUUGAUGAAAAUUGAUUUGAGUGCUGCUGUUCGACGACAGAUUCCUAUAUUAUUAGAAAAAGUGCUUGAAACUCCGAUGUUUAUUACAGAUUCUCCUCCUAUUCGAUUACUCAAAGUUUUAUGUAGACGAUUCGAUGAAACACUACAACAUACAUUGUGUGACAUGGAACCCAUGACACCAUAUCCAAAAUUGGUGUGUAUUGAUAAUCUGAUUCACGUAUAUGUUGACUUUAAUCCAAUUCUUUCGACAAAUUCACCUGAUGAUGCCAUUGCCCUUCUUAUCGCAAUGUACACAAUUUUUGAAUUAACAUUUGAUAAGAAAAGUCGAACAAUUCGAUUUAUUUAUUCUGUAUUGCAUGGUGAUAAACGUUAUCUGUCGAAUUCUCUUCGCUUCUUAAUCAAAGAAAAGAACAUCGAUAUUCAGUAUGAACAACAUAAAAUAUCGUCGACUUCUUUCAAUUCUGCAUGCAAUAGUUCAAUAAUACCUAUUGUCGAAUUUCAAAAACAAACACAAUCAAAAAUUCAAAUGAAUUCAUCGCAAGAUUCUUUAAAUGAACAGGAUUCUUCUACUGUUACUCAAACAGCAGAACCAAAACCUUCUAAUAAUAAUUCUAAUUCUCAUAUACUUGUUGCUACAAAUGAAUGUCGUAAUAAUAGCGAAAACACAGCAACACAACAACGAAAAAGAAAAAUUAACAAAAAUUUGGACGACGAGAAUGCCAUAUUUCUGAACACUUCUGAAAAAAGUGCUCAUCAAAUUUCAACUCUACAUCAAAUCCCGCUCAAUGAUACUACUAAUUCAACUGCUCAUACGCGACAAAACAAAAAAAAACGACGAUGUUAA